AUGCACCCGUUGAACCAUUUACAGGCCCUAAUCUCUUGUCAUGGUCACACCUUUCCGGUCCCGCAAGAACGAUCGUACCUUGACCGAAACUCUGCCCAGAAUAGGAGAUCCGAUUUCAGUAGCCCUGGGAUGUUUCCUUGCUGCCUGGUGAUUCUCCGCUGCUCACAUGCCAUGCUUGCAACUGGGUCAACAACCGUCGUCUACUUGCACUGA